GUAUUAUGAUUAAUAGUAUUAUUUAUCACUCUGUUAUUAUUUUGUAAAUUGAAUAAAAAACUCCUAAAUAUUUUGUAUUGUAUAAAUUUUGUAUAUAACUGUUUGAUUGGUUGAAAAAAUGUCAUUUUUUUUCUCUCAAACACACAACUGAUCAACCGUUUGUCCUCAAAUCCCACAUUAAAAAUCCCGUUAUUCCCAGUUUCUCUUCGUCAUUUUGAAAACCUUGGCUAACGAAUGAUGCCGAGCUCGUACGAUCGUAUCUUUUCCUCUCGCCAGUCGCCAUUGAGCAGCCAUUUUGACCUGUAGGGAGUGCUCAAGUAACAAAAAAUAGUGUUUUAAAUUUUUUUUCAAAAGUGAAAAACUAUAAAAAUUAUUAGUUAGUGAUACAUAUGGCUUGUUUAAAUACAUUGAAACAAGAAAUAAGGACUUUAGAAUCCGUUUUUACGAAAAAUCAUGAACGAUUUCAGAUUAUCUCCGCUAGUGUUGACGAAUUGACAUGUAGGUUUAUUGCAAAAAAUUCAGUAGAAUAUACGAUCCAUGCUAAUAUUACGGAAACUUAUCCUGCGGUUCCACCAGUGUGGUUCGCUGAUUCGGAGGAAACUAGUAUCUCAAAUGCCGUUCAAAUAUUAAGUAAUACUGUAGGUUUGGACAACCACGUCCUUCAUCAAGUGAUAAUAUUACUUAGGGAACUCUGUCGGUUACAUGGAGUUCCCGAACCGCCUGAUUUAGAUAGACUGCAUAUUUUAAAUCCACUAACAACUAAUAGAAUAAGUACACGAAGUAGCAGCGGUGGUGGUGAUGAAGCGAUGAUGGAAGACGAAGGUUUAGACAGUGAUGUGGAUCUCGAUAUUGGUGAUAGUGAUGGUGAGGAAGAAAGCGACGCGGAUGAAGAUCUCGCGAUGGAAAUGGAGGAUAACAGACCGAAAGCAGACGAAAUGGGAGUAGAACAUUUAGCUACUCUUGAACGACUCAGACAAAAUCAACGGCAGGAUUAUUUGAAAGGGUCCGUGUCUGGUUCGGUUCAAGCGACUGAUCGACUCAUGAAGGAAUUACGUGAUAUUUAUAGGUCGGACUCGUUCAAGAAUAAAAUGUAUCAAAUUGAGUUAGUGAAUGAUUCGUUGUACGAAUGGAAUGUUAGGUUGAUGUGCGUGGAUCCGGACAGUCCGCUCAGUCACGAUCUUCAAAUGCUCAAAGAGAAGGAAGGGAAAGAUGCUAUACAACUCAAUAUGCUCUUUAAAGAUACUUAUCCAUUUGAACCACCGUUUGUCCGAGUCGUUUAUCCGGUUAUAUCUGGUGGUUAUGUGUUAGUCGGUGGUGCGAUAUGUAUGGAACUGCUGACUAAGCAGGGUUGGUCGAGCGCUUACACGGUAGAAGCGGUUAUAAUGCAGAUUUCUGCAACUUUGGUGAAAGGCAAGGCUCGCAUUCAAUUCGGGGCACCGAAAGUAUGUUCACAAGGACAAUAUAGUUUGGCGCGUGCCCAACAGAGUUUUAAAUCUUUAGUACAAAUCCACGAGAAAAACGGUUGGUUUACUCCCCCGAAAGAAGAUGGCUAAGUGAUAAUGCGCUAAUAAAUUUUAUUUUUCGAUAAUUUUUGGUUUUCUAUAUUAUCAGCGGGCGUAGAACGCAUCGUACCGCCCUCUUAAGUAUACUGAAAAAAAUUGAAAAUCUCUCUAAAAAAAUCGUUAUUCUUAGUGCCUGCGGAUGUUUUUUUUUUCUAGUUUACUUUGUAGUUGGAAAAAAAAUUCUUUUGAUAAUUUUUGUUUGUUUUAUUAGUAUGUUGGAGUGAAAUGACUUUUUUUGAAAGAAAUUGGUCCUUUGAUAACGGAAAUUAUACUAUUUACAGGGUGUAUCUUAAAUAAUAACAUUUCUAGGAGUAUAAUAUCGGAAAACUUUCGAAAAACGUGCUAUUUAAUUUUUUUUUUUAAUUCUUAAUUAUAACAAUAACUGUAUAUUAAUGUUGAUACACCUGUACAUAUGUUUCCCGUUUGAAUUAUUUCCUUUCAACAUAAAUUGCGCUGUUAAAAUCGAGGAAAAGUCCUUAUAUUCUCGAAUUUAUAAAAAUAUGUAUACAGUGUGUCCGAGAUAAAAUUAUUUAAUAUCUUGUUGAAAUUUUAUAAACUACCAAAUUUUUAUUUUUUAAAUUCAUUCUAUUUCACUUAUUAAUGCGGAGAAAUGGUCUUCAUUCUGUAAUUAUUCAAUUCUAUCGAUAACAAAAAAUACAUACCGGCUGUAAAAUUUAAAAAUAAUUAUGUUUUGAUAUUAUUUCAAAUAUCAAAUUACUUUUAAAAUUUUUCGUUAUUCACUAUUAACACUUAGAUGUAAUCAAAAUUUUCUAAUUAAUAUUUUGUUGAAAAUUUGGUGUUUUGUCAAAUUUUCUUUUUUCUGCAGGAUUCUAGACAAAUAAUUUCACAGGAAAAACAUACACAGUGUCUGUCCUAUAUGAAAUUGACUUCAUAUUGAAAUUAGAUCAAAAGUCAAAUUCUCUCUUGAAUUUUUCAUAGUUUACGAUUGACACGAACAUAAAGUUCCCAUUUUUUUAUUUAUUUAUUUACAGUGUGUCCCAUAUGAAAUUAACUAACUCUUAAGUAAAGAUCUGAUGAACUAUGGAAUUUAUUCUAGAUUUUUUUUUGUUUUUUACGAUUAAUACGAAUAUGUAAUCCAUAUUCUGGAAUUUGUACGUUUUUUUGCCAAAAAACUAUACAUAUGAAAAUUCUUGCUGAGAUUUGAUUUGGAUUUUUUCUUAUUUUUUUUUUAAAUACAGUUUGUAAUAUUAGCGCACACUGUAUACAUAUGAAAAAGAAUUGAUUAAAGUGUGCAAUUAAUUGUUGGUUUUUUGUAUCGUAAAAAGUGUACGUAUUUACGGUUUGUCCCUUAUUCUAUUUAAUUUCGAAAAAUUAAAAUCGAAUCGACCAAUCUACUAAAUUUAUUACAAUAUUUUGUGCUGCUAAUUUUUCUUUGGAAAAAUAAAAUUUAUGUACAUUUUUGUGUCUCCACCGAAAUCAACUUAAGCUUAAAUUGAAAUAUGUUCAACAUAACAAGUCACCAAUAAAAAAUAUGUCAAAAUUUGAUGAAACGUGGUGAAGACACUAAGUAAUAAGACUGAUUCUGUAUUAUUUUGUUUUCUUUCUUUUUUUCUAAAGCUCCCCUACAUGUUUAUUAUUUUUUUUUUCGAAUUAAUAUCGCUAAAAGAUAGUGCCAUAAUACAUGUCUGGCUCUAAAAUCAAAUUUUAUCUAUUGAAAAAAAUGUCAAUCAAAAAUCUUGCAAAAAAUGAAUAUUUUAGUUUUUUUUUAAUAUUUUUUUGUUUGAAUUCUUUACAUUUAUAACAGCAUUACCGUUAUACAGCAUGUCUCAAAGUGAUUUAAUUGUCGAAGCAAGAGCAAGUCAAAUAUUCAAAGACACGUUCUGGAUGUGUGAUUUGAUUAUACACCUUGUCCCAAAUAAAUUUAAUAACAAAACUACCAUUACCGAUUCCUGAAUUAUUUUUUUUUUCAAAGGUUUUGUAAGAUUUUUGAUUGGAUCAAAUAUUGAAAUAUUUUAUUCGAAAAUUUUCUGAAAUGUCGAGGAGAAGGUUUAUAUUUGAAAUCAUGUUUGUCGUUUUUCUUAAAUAUUUUAGGGAAUAAUUGAAAUAUUGUGGUAGGAAUGUACGCGAGUUGAAUAGAAAAUUCUUUUUAUAAGUUGACAUUUCGAAAAUGGCUUUUCAGUAUUCUGUCAUUCUAUUCUUUGCUUACCAAUUGAUGAAAUUUCUCAUUCCACGUCUUCUAGCUUUUCCAUAUUUACAAUUAUUUGUUUUUCAUUUAGAUAUCAAGUCCUUUUUUGUAUCAUGCAACAAUUUUAUUUUAAAUCAAUUUCCUACCAUAUGAGAACGAAAAAAAAAAUUUUACAAAAAUAUUCCUGAAUUAUUUAAGAAGGAUCUGUAUCGUAUAGCAUUAGUUUAAUUUUUUUUAGUUUUUAACUCAUUCUGUAUAUAGAUAUGUAAUUGUUAGAUAUACUUCGAUAAUGUGAAGUGAUUGUGAUUAUUUUUCCAUUCUAAUUAACGCCGCGCUAUUUUUAUUCCAAGAUAUAUUCAAUUUCCGAUGGAAACCGCCGAUUUUUAGAAAAUUCUAUUCGGAUGUACAACGAGCGAAAAAAGAAACGGUGCGCUACUGACUUAUGCUUUCGGAAUUAGUUCGAGAGAAACCUAUUGGAUUGAUGAAUGUUAUUAUUACAAUAUUUUUUUCUUAGUGUAUAUCGAUGGACAGAUAUCACAAAAAUAGAAACUUUGAUUGACAGUAUCAUUUGAAAUAUGUAUUUCUCAUAUAAUGUAGUCUGUUUGGAAAACUAUCCAAAUAGACUAUAACUUAUAUAAAAUUAAUUAUUCCUACACAAUAUCCUAUUACCUCCAAAUGUUUCCGUAAUAAAUACACCACGUACUUGAUUAUAAACCACAAUGCAUAACUUAUAUAUAUUUUUUAUAUAUAUUUAUACAGAGUGUCCCGUUAGCUAUCAAAACUAUCAGUGAUAUUUCUAUUUAACUUCAAUGAAACAUUGUUAAGGGGACAUUCCGUAUAAUUAGCGAUAUUAUUUGAGCAUCGGCAGCGGUUUAACUCUAUUCCCUAUGUAAAUACAUAUAUUUCGAAAUAUAUUUUCUUUUUCUUCUGAUGUAUUCACUAAUUCAACUCAUUGUCAGUAUGUGCUUUUAGUUUUUAAAUACAAUAAACUAUUAUCAUUA